AUGCCCGAACCACACAAAUCUUGGUCCCGCCCCCUGUGCUACCUCAAGGCAUUCUGGGAAUCUCAGCUGGACAGCCUCAGCUCCUGGGAGGCUCACACUUGUGAUUCUUGGGCCUUUCCUGGGUGGACAAACAGGAAGUCUCCCCCCUCGGGGCUCCACCCCCUGAAGGACUCCCGUGUGGCCCCAGCAGAGAGCCCGCAGCCAGAGAGAAUGGCGCCCGGGACCCCGAGGCCCCCCUCCCAGGGGUCAAUAACCUUCAAGGAUGUGGCUGUGGAUUUCACCCAGCAAGAGUGGUGCCUAUUGGACCAUUCUCAGAAAGAGCUAUAUCUGGAGGUCAUGCUGGAGAAUGUGCAGAAUCUACUCUCUGUGGGACUUCCAGUUCCUAGAGAAAAUUUUAUCUCCUUUUUUCAGCAAGGGGAAUCACCAUGGCUGCUAGAGCAAAAAGGCUUAUGGAGUUCCUGUCCAGAGGCAGAGGCUAAUUUUGAAGUGAAGGAGAUGUCUACAAAGUUGAGCUUUUUUGUGAAAGGAUAUUGCCCGCAAGGAUGCUUGAAUGAAGGUCCCCAUGACUUCAUUUUGAGAGAAAACUAUGACUCUAACAUCAAGACGGCCAAGAUAAAGCUCGGGCAACAGCCUGAGGAAAGCCCCAGCCCUAUCCUGGGAGGUGGGGGUAGCAGAGAGCUACUGGGAAAGCUGGGAUUCUGCCUGCCCUCCGCACCUGCAGCCCCAGGGUGGCUAGAUUGA